AUGAAUGUUGUGACUGUUUCUCCUAAACGUCAUGAUCAGUUAAGGGUUACUCAAGCAAAUAAUGUCGCAAACUUAAUUGCCAAUGAUGAAAUUGUGACAGGUAGUGGACUUAAUCAAAUUGGUACUUUGCGAAGAGCUGGAAAUACUAGAUGGGGGUCUUAUUUGAAUUCUAUACGUAGCUUGCUAUGCAUGUUUGAUGCUACUUGUGAAGUUCUUGAAAAAGGCACCGAAGAAGUUGAAGUUCCUGAUAUGAAUGCAUUGCAUAUUCCUAGAAGAGACCGAACUCGCAAAAUUGUUGACCAAAUUUCAGUGGAGCAUCAUUACCGUGUUAAUAUAUUUCUGGCUGUAAUUGAUACACAAUUGCAGGAGCUUAAUCGAAGAUACAAUGAUAAUAUGGUGGAAUUGCUUACUUUAAGUUCAACUUUAGAUCCCAGAGAUAAUUAUAAGUUUUUCGAUGUCAACAAAGUAUGUGAAUUAGUAGAAGGAUUUUAUCCAGGUGACUUCAGUGACCAAGAAAAUUUUCACAAUAGAAUGCAAGCUCAACAUUAUGAACUCGAUGUUCCUAAUCAUAUUGAAUUAACUAACUUGUGCACAAUUUCGGAUUUAUGUCAAGGAUUAACGAAGAUAGGAAAGUCUUUAACAUAUCCUUUGAUUGAUCGUUUGAUUCGCUUCGUAUUAACUCUCCCUGUUUUAACUGCUACAACUGAGAGAUCUUUUUCAGCUGUGAAUAUUGUGCAGAAUAGACUCAAAAACAAAAUGGAAGAUGAAUUUCUUGCUAAUUGUCUUUUGAUUUACAUUGAGAAGAAGAUUGCUGAAAGAUUUGACACAGAUUCUAUUAUCAAUGAAUUUUAUGAUAUGAAGAAUCAACGUGUACCAUUUCGUUAG